UAAUUUAAAACAAAUGACAUGGAAAACAUUAUACAAAGCAUUGACGUUACAAUCAUGGGUUCAAUUUUCGCGCGAUAAACCUGAAAAAGUAAAUAAUACAUAGAUGGGCAAGUAUACUUUUCUUUCCAUCGUGUUCACACGGGACGUGAAGAAAUGGACCAAUUGAAUUGCCCGAUAUCGAGGACGCCAUAUUGUACAUUCUAGGCGCACGAUUGGUUGAUAUUAAUUUAUGUAUCUGAUAAAAUGCAAACCAAACAUGUUUCUUAUCUAUUCCCCGAAGUUCUAUCUUGCGCAAACAAUUUCGCGCCUGUCCGCGCCUUUUCUCAGAUUCGUUCAAAAACCCGUCAGCCGGCAUGAGCUAUCAAACGACGAGCGAUUCAAAGCUAUCUGUCAAAAUGGAAAUCGAAAGCUACUCAUCGUCUGAUUGUAAAUUGGAGAUUUAUCUGCACAGUAUUAUCCUUGUCACCGUCUUCGCCAUCCCCGUGAUUUACAAAGAGAAGAAAGACGGUGCGAUUUCGUCGUUGAUCACGACGUGUUACACUAUAUCGAUAUUUCUCGUAAUAUUUGUAUUUUGCGAUGUAAUACUGCGUCUGUUUCGAACGAUAGUUUCGUUGACAAGUGCGAAUUCGCAGUCCGGACAAGGAGUAAGUCAUAACUUCGCCCUGAACACCGCGUCUACAAUAGUAAUCGUUAUCAGCGUGCUAUUUUUUCUCAUUGUAUCGACGAUCAUCGUUCCAGGAUAUCCGUUGAAUCACGUAUGGGACUUUAGUCCCUGCGUCAGCAUCCCAUCCAUAAUAUUUUCCUUCUACUUGCUGAGGAUAACGAAUCUGGCCCAGUGGGAGAAGAGUCCACAGCUGGAUCUUGAUGCUAUGAAGGGUCUGGAUUAUGGUACGGGUAUGGCAUACAGCUUCUAUUAUGGUUAUUUGCGAUUGGUCCUACCGAAUGAAGGCACCACUGACAGCAAGAGCAUUAUUGACAGGAUUGAAAAUUUCGAGGACAUGCACAAUGUGACUUUCCCGGUGCACAAAUUGUUCAUCUUGAUACCAUCAUCUGGGUAUAUUCCACCAAAUUUAAAGGAGGCAUCGGAUCAAUGGAUGGAGAGUGUGCGUGAAUUGGAAGAGGAAAACCGUGAUCGAGCCGGUACGAUAAAAAGAAAGUACCACAAUAGUGCCUACAAGAUAUAUUCGAAUGGAAAAAACUCGAAUGCUAAUCCGAUAUAUGUGGUGGUGGAAGGUGCGACACCGUUGCUAACAUUUUAUGAAGUACAAAAGCACAAUCAUCCAGAAUCCACUGUAUACAAACAAUACAUAAAUGAGAUUACUAUGAAGUUUUAUCAGAAACUACAAGAAAUUUUGGAAAGUGAGCCAAAUACAAGAAAUUUGUGUGAAUUAAUUUAUUACAAUGAUUACGAUGCGAAAGGAACUAGAGUUAAUGUUGCAAAGGUAAUCUUAGAAAGAAUAUCUGAAAUAACAAAGUCCACAUAAGUUUUAAAAGUUGAGCAUGUUUUUGUAAUUUUUAAAAUAAAUUUUCUAAGAUUGUUAUAUAUAUAUAUAUAAAUAUAUAUAGAAGAUAUAAUUAAUAACUUAUUUGUGAUCACUUUUAUGCUACAUUUGAGCCAGAGAUUAUAUUAUAUUGUCUGAGCAGAGAACUGACUUUUUAUAUAUAACCCUUUUUAGUGUAGUGUCAAAGUGACCAAAUUUGUUGCAAGUAUAUAUGACAAUGUUGAAUAAAGUUACAUAAUUUAAAACUUAUGUUAAUUAAUUUUUACUAUUUUGACAAAUAUUAAUCUUGCUUUUUAUA